GCCCCGGCCCUUCACGCGCCGACCAUGGAGCCCGAGAGCCGCGUCCCCUACGCGCCGCUGGAGCCGGAGCCCGUGCGCAGCUACAAGUGGUGGUCGGUCUUCAACAUCCUGUGCUGCUGCCUCCCGCUCGGCCUGGUCGCCGUGUACUACUCGGGGCAGGUGGAGGAGCGUCUAGCACGGAGAGACAUUACCGGAGCAAAGAGGGCCUCCGAUACUGCCAAAACCAUCAAUAUCAUUGCCUUGCUGAUCGGGCUGGUGUGCAUCGGCUUGAUAAUAUUCUACAAGGUGCACAACGCUCAGCUGAUCAAGUCCCUGGAAACCCAAACCCACAAGCCCCUCUACUAGCAUCACAGCGCAGGAGUUUUGGGAAAACAAAACCACCAUCGGAGCCUGUCUUUAUAUUCUACUCUGUGUAGGUGCUUGCGUGUUCUCUCUUUCCCCUUCCCCCAGUAUAUCUUAUCAGUAGCCAGUAAGUCCCUUUCCACCUGGUUCCACAAUAAUGUAUUAGUCUUAUGAUUCUAAGCUGCCAAGUCUUGCAUAAGAAACUUCUUUCUCCUUGGCCAGUAACACUGCCAGCUUGAUUUAAAUACUUAAGUGCUGAGGGGGAGAAGUCAAUUCCUUUCAAUAGGAUAGGAAGGACCACCAUUGCAGAACAUGGCUUCCACUGUUCUGCAAUAAAAGAGGUGACUAGCAAGUGGUCCCACCCUAAGCAGCAUGCAAACUUAUUCUCAUCUAAUGGGGAACAUGAUUGAUUAGCUAAGCACUGGGCUCUUCCAUUCUUCUCCUCCUCAUUUUAUUAGGGCAGCAAUCUUGUUUCAAGCCAUUCAGCCAAGCUUACCUCAGUACUAGUACAUCCCUGUUAGCCCAAGCAAAAUUAAUAGAUCAUUCAGAGGUGGGCUCAGCUGUCAUAACUCCUCUGAUUCCUAGACAAAAUGCGAUCUGUAGAAGCGUAGUUAGCUUUAGCACUUCUGCCUGAAAUAUGUGACAACAAGUUCCCAAUGUUGCAAAUAAUAACUAGCUGACAGUAAGUAGGGGUGAAACAGGGCAGUGACAACCAGUUUUAUAGGUCCCCGAUGUAUAAGUCUUUCAUACAAACACAAGAAAAACCAGAGAUGAUGAUCAAGAAUUAGCAAAGCAAGUGUGGAGCCCAGCCCAUCUUCCCAUUUACCUUCUACAAGGCUGUGUAAGAGCAUCCGACACGCUGGAAGAAGAAACUGGACUGGAAGAAUGGAGUCCUGCCUUGUGCGUGGAGUGCUGAUGUCCUUGCCGGUUAAAACGUACUGCUGUGGGAGAGCCAAUCUUCAAAUAAAGAGCUUUCUGAUA